UGUAAUGAGUUGUAAACGUAAACACAUUUCAUAAACGCUUUUAUAGUAAACGUGUUUUCAUUCACACAAACAAUACUUUUCGUGGUUUUAAUACAAUUUAUUUCAGCAGAGUUUCAAUUGAUUACUCAAUUGUCUUCAUAUCACCGUUUAUCUGAUCCUUGAUCCCAACGAUGGCCUCCAAUAACGCAAUGAACGCUCAAUCGAUUCGCCAGACAUUCAUCGACUUCUUUAAAGACAAAUACAGUCAUCUGUACGUCAAGUCAUCGUCGGUUAUACCACACGAAGACCCGACUCUUCUGUUCACAAACGCCGGAAUGAAUCAGUUUAAGCCCAUAUUCUUGGGAACCGUUGACCCGAACAGUGAUUCGUCGAAAUACGUACGAGUGGUGAACAGCCAGAAGUGUAUCCGCGCGGGCGGUAAACACAACGACUUGGACGACGUCGGCAAAGAUGUCUAUCACCACACGUUCUUUGAAAUGCUCGGCAACUGGUCUUUCGGUGACUUCUUCAAGAAGGAGAUCUGUCGCUGGGCUUACGAACUGCUCACUGAAGUGUAUGGUCUGCCCAAAGACCGGCUAUACGUGACGUAUUUCGGCGGUAAUCCCGAGAGCGGGUUAGCGGCCGACGAGGAAUGUCGACAGACAUGGUUAGACAUUGGGCUGCCGUCCGAUCGGGUGCUGCCCUUCGGAAUGAAAGACAACUUCUGGGAAAUGGGCGAAACGGGUCCGUGCGGUCCCUGUUCUGAGAUACACUUUGACCGCAUCGGUAACAGAGAUGCCUCGAGUUUAGUCAAUAUGGAUGAUCCGGACGUCCUUGAGAUCUGGAAUCUGGUGUUCAUUCAAUUCAAUCGCGAAACCGACAGUUCGCUCAAACCGUUGCCCAAAAAACAUGUCGACACAGGAAUGGGUUUCGAGCGACUCGUGUCUGUAAUUCAGCAAAAGUCGUCCAAUUAUGACACCGAUUGCUUCGUUCCCAUCUUUGACGCCAUUCAACAGUUGACAGGUGUUCGACCCUAUAGUGGGAAAGUAGGCGCCGACGACGUGGACGGCAUUGAUAUGGCCUAUCGGGUGGUCGCAGAUCACGCGCGCACUCUGACCAUCGCUCUGUCAGAUGGCGGCCGACCCGACAAUAUAGGCAGGGGUUAUGUUCUGCGAAGAGUAUUACGGCGAGCCGUCCGUUACGUUGAAAAACUUGGCGGAAAACCCGGAGUUUUUGCUUCACUCGUUCCGGUUGUGAUCGAAUCGUUGAGUUCUGUAUUCACUGAACUCACGAAAGAUCCACAAAAUGUGAUGAAUAUUAUUAAUGAAGAAGAGAUUCAAUUCUUGAAAACCCUUUCGCGAGGAAAACGACUCUUAGAGCGAACUAUUGAUAAAAUGAAAGCCCAGAACCGAACUGUACUUCCGGGUGAUAUCGCGUGGAGACUUUACGACACGUACGGCUUUCCCGUCGACUUAACGCAACUGAUGGUCGAAGAGACGGGCUUUUCAGUCGAUUUGAGUGCUUACGAGAGUUGCAAAGCUGAGGCACAACUGAAAUCUCAGAGCAAAUCAUCUCAAUUUGACUCCGGAAUUGAUUUAGACGUCCAUUCGAUCGCAGAAUUGAAAGACAGUUUACAAAUUGCGGUCACAAAUGAUUUGCCGAAAUAUGACUACCGAUCGGUCGACGAAACCCCGAAAUCUGUUUACACGUUCGAGAAAUGCGAGGCAAAGGUUGUGGCCUUAAGAAAGAGUAAGCAGUUUGUGUCGGAAGUGGUGGCCGGAGAUGAGUGUGGAAUCCUUUUGGAUAAGACAUCCUUUUAUGCUGAGGCCGGCGGACAGGAAUACGACACCGGAUUUAUGAAUAAAACGACCGCUUCUGACGACGAAGAGACCGAGUUUGAGGUGAAGGAAGUGAAAGUUCACGGCGGAUAUGUCCUCCACAUCGGACACGUCGGGUGCGGUGUUGUCAGAGUUGGCGAUACAUUAAAGUUGCAAAUCGAUGAACAGAGACGUAAACUUAUAAUGAAUAACCACACGGGAACUCAUGUCCUCAACUAUGCUUUGCGCUCUGUAUUGACAACUGAUGCCAACCAAAAAGGAUCGCUCGUGUCUUCAGAUAAACUACGAUUUGAUUUCACUAAUAAUGGCGCAAUGAGUGCCUCACAAGUCAAACAAACCGAGAGUAUUGCCCAACAGAUGAUCGCUAAGAAUGAAGAGGUUUUUGCAAAGGACUCGUCGCUGGCGUCCGCUAAAGCUGUUCAGGGUUUGCGCGCAGUGUUUGACGAGACAUAUCCCGAUCCGGUCAGAGUUGUCUCCAUUGGAGUGUCUGUCGAUGCCCUGCUGUCAGACCCAACGGGUCCCGCGGGAACGCAAACGUCAGUCGAGUUUUGCGGCGGAACUCAUUUGAAACGAAGCGGACAUAUCGGCGACUUUGUCAUUGCCAGCGAAGAGGCCAUCGCUAAAGGCAUUCGUCGUAUUGUCGCUCUGACGGGUCCCGAAGCGACCAAAGCUUUAAAUAAAGCAACCCUUUUGGAUAAGUCGGUCGCCAGUCUGAAGGCCAGCAUUGCUAACAAAUCCAAUAAAGAGUUUUAUAAGGAGAAUGUGAGACAAGUAGUGGAACUGACGGAUGAGGUCUCGCAGUCGAACAUUGCCUAUUGGAAGAAGGAUGAGAUCAGAAACGAAUUGAACCAAAUGAAGAAACAGUUGGAUUCGGUGGACAGGGCUAACAAAGCCGCACAACAGACACAAGUGAUCGAAACCGCAAAAUCUUUGGCCCAACAGUUCAAAGGAACCAAAUUCCUUGUGACCGCUUUGGACGCCGGCUCUAAUGCUAAGGCCUUGGACUCAGCCCUCCGACAGAUCCGAACCCUAUCGCCAGACACUGCGGCCAUGUUUUUCAGCGCCGAUGAAACCAAAGUUAUUUGUUUGGCAUCCGUUCCGUCGAAUGCAGUCGCGUCUGGUCUUAAGGCUAACGAAUGGGUCCAACAAAUCAGCGCAACUAUUAAUGGAAAGGGAGGCGGAAAGGAAGAGUCAUCGCAGGCCAGCGGUACUAAUGUCGGCGCCAUUAAUGAUGCGAUACUACUGUCCAAACAAUUCGCUGAAUUAAAGUUAGGAAAUAAUGCUUAAUGUUUGAGACAAUUGUGUUA